CGAAGGCCAUUCUUUGACGACGACGAAAUCGACGAGCAAUUGAACGACGACACAGGCUUCCACCGCCCUACGAUUCAAGAUGGUUUCCUACACUCCCAUCCGCAUGGCGGAAUUCAAGAGCAACUAUGGUCCUAAGUACCAUGCUCAGCCCAACCUCGCUGGCUACACUGCUCAGUCUGCCUUCCGAAUUGCUUCCCGUCUGGCCAUGUACGGUGCCCCUGCCGCUGUUGGUGUCAUGCUCUUCGCCAACGGUAUCCCCCGUGUGCAGCGUGAUAUCCUCCAGAAGAUCCCCGUCCUUGGUGGCUUCUUUCGAAAGGAGGUCCACCCCGCCGACAACCCCUUCUAAAUCAACUGGUGUAUUGCGGAAGAUAGACGUUGCUCAGCGCCGUUACCGGUUCUCCUUGUAAAGAUAUCUCAAUAGACAUGUUCUGAGCCUUG